AGCCUUCCCCGGUGAGCCAAGUGUCUAUUGGUUCCAAAAUGGCCGACGCAUGGGGGUUAGUUUCUCUAUCAUGUAUCGUUACUUGCCAUCCACAGCAUCUGAGAUUUUGGGAGGAAAGAUAAACCGUUCGCCUCUGACUCACCCAAAUAAGCUCAGCCGCAUGCAGCCAUCCUCCUGUUGGAGGACUGGCGGCUAGCAGAAGCACUGUAAGCCAGCGAGGGGUAGGAGGAACUGAAGCGCAAUUGGACAGUCUGCGGUGCAACAGAAUGGCGGUGCGGAGCGGCAGGUGCAGCUGAGUCGCGCAGACACCGUGGGGGAAGAGGCAAACUCAUUAUCGCCGAUGCAUUUACAACGACACGACCACGGACUAGUGCUUUCUGCCAAUGCAUCAUCUCAAUAGACUUCACAUUGAAGAAGAGGGGGGUAAAUAUCAACAGCGUUAAUUUGCCCAAUUUAUGUAGUCAUACUGUUAGUUGUCAGAGGUGAAAGAUUUAAUUGUAAGGGAUAUCAUUUACCAAGCUUUUCUGCGUAAGGAUAUACAACAAUAAUGAGGACUGAUUUCAAAGUGUCGGUGAAUCCUGUGUCUGCGAAAGUUAUGUUAGCUGUUCGUAUCAGGUAGCAUAUCUUGUUACAUCCAAAUGUAAUUCUAUUGUGUAGUGGACAGUCGCUGCGUGUCGGUGCGCCUGGACUUAGUAGGCUAGUCUCUGCUCCCUCGCUGUAUCCUGCGUUUUUCAGCAGAGGCGGAAUUGCACUAAGCUGGAUCAAUGCACCAGAGACACCUUUACACUCGUCUGUUACAGAAUAAUUGUAGAUAGAAAAAUCUCUCUCAGUUGUUUAUUACAUUGAAAAUCCCUUGAGAUAAGGGAAAGUCAUAGAGAGCUGUAGUCGGUGAUAGGUUACUAUAAAGCGUUGCAAUAUGUUAAUACAUGGUCAAUAAUAAUUUCCCUGGGCCUUUGCCUUUUUUCGUACUGACUGCAAAGGGAAACACACCAGUUUAGGAUUCAGGAUUUCUCAACCCAUUCCCUUGGACAGACAAUAUGGAAAUUUGAAGUAUAAUCGUGCGCAAAGACAUUAUUUCAGUUUGAAUGAAAAGUAGCGUCUGAGCUGUGAUUGAAAACAAGAAUAGUACAGUGAACGUUUCAGAGAGGUACCUGAAAAAAAGUACAAAUCUGGCAGGUCCAGUUGAUGCUUACAUUAGAGAAGAGGUUGUGAAAGGGGUCUCCGUAAGAUUUCUGAAGACUUAGCGGUGUUAGUAUGUAUGUAGCUGGAAGAUUAAGUACACAUGGACAGUGUGAUGCAUGUAGUAAUGCAUUUCUUGGAGAUGGUUUUGUGAAUUCAUGGAGGAAGAGUCACAAUGCAAACAAUGUGGGUGUGGGAAAUUAGAUGAAUACUCAAGCACCUAUUUAGGGGAAUUGAGCAGAGAGGCAAUGUUCAGAGAGGGAAUGGAAGGGGAGUUGAAAGACGGAGGGAGUCAGGAGAUGAAGUGAGUGAUCGGAGGAGGUGGGUAGAGCUCGGCAUCAGAUACACUCAGACAUGCGCAAACCAUCAACCAGCUAAUUUGGUAUUGCAGUGGAUUUUUUUUGGGGGGGAGAUCAACUUUUGCCCUUGUUCUGUAGCCUUUCCCUCGUCAUCAUCACUGUAUAAAGAAUGGCUCAGAGGCUUCUUGGAAAUGGCCCGAAACCACUUCUCCAAGGAAUGACUCACGAAGAGUGGAUACUGGGGGAAAAACAUUGCUCUUCUGGGGACAUUUGACAUUUAACUUCAUGUGAAGGGAGCGCUUCUCGAGCCAGUAGGGUAUAGACAGAUGCAUUCUCUCUGAACCUCCCAUCCAGCCCUCGGAGCUACCAUCCGACAGACCUUUGGCAGAUAUUGCCUGUCAGUUGUCAGGACUUUGGUUGGAAGCUGUGUAUUGGAUGCUGCUCUUGUGUUGUGAACCAUGGAAGUGAAAGCAGACAGCCCUCUCUCCCCCCAAACACGUGUGUAUGGACUUGGAAUGCACAAAUGCCUCUCCUCCCAGCUGUGACUGUUUACACUCACUCACUCACUGUAGAUACCCUACACGUGUGGACUUAAGUAUGUCGAAAGUAUAAAGAAAAACGGUCUGUCAAAGACUUUCAUUUUUUUCCCUUCUCUCUAGUUAAAGCUUUGCAUGGGAUUUUGUUGUAUGGGUUAUUGCCUCAUGAAAGUAUCCAUCUUUUUUUGAGUGAUAAUUUCUUAUAGACUGGGGAAGGAUUCUCUUGUGCGUCAAAAAGACAGAGAGAGAGAGAGAAAGAGAGAGAGUGAAAGAAACAGAGGGAGACAGAACUUUCUGCCUCUAAACCCCUCCAGGCUUCUCCCUCUCCCCCCCACUUACCGAGCGUGUGGGGGGGGGGAGCGCCAAACUCAGGGGUGAAAAGUUUUGUUUUCUGAGGUGAGCGAGCGAACGCAUCGUCUAAGGGCACCUCAGCCAUGGAUGCCGGAGGUCAGGGCAGCCCCGAGAGCCCGAACCGGGCUGUCGAGUACCUCCUGGAGCUCAACAAUAUCAUCGAGAGCCAGCAGAAGCUUCUGGAGACCCAGCGGCGGCGCAUCGAGGAGCUGGAGGUCCAACUGGACCGCCUCAGCCAGGAGAACAAGGACCUGAAGCUGGACCGACAGCCCUGCGUGUCCGACAGCAUCGGCGCCGGUCAGGUCGCGGGGCACGUCGUGGGGCACGUCGGCCACGCGUGCCAGCCGCCUCCUGUUCCCAUCCAUCCCAUCCAUCCCAUCCAGGCCCAUAACAGCAGUGUGCCCAUCCCGGCGCCGCCGCCACCCCCGCCUCCGGUGCCGCCGCGGGACCGCCGGACCCACAGCGCCCUGAGCCGGGUGGUGCCGCCAGGAACCGUGGCUGUGGAGAGGGAGAGACUGCAGCGCAAUGACACCUCCAGCACCAGCUCUGCCGCCACUCUGCACAGACAGCCAGAUGGAGACUCCAACAAGGGCAGUGUGGAGGGGGACCCACAGUGUGCCGAGACAGGUAGCUUCUCUGACAGCGCUGGCAGUCAGGCCCCGUACCUGGGCACCGCGGAGCGCUACGGCAAACCCAGCAUCGGCGUGGGCCCCCAGGGGCCUCCGGUGGCCCCUCCGAGCCCCACCAGCCUGGCCUGGGCCCAGCACACCCGGCACCAGCCCGCCAGCCUGGCCCUGCGCAAGCAGGAGGAGGAGGAGAACAAGCGCUGCAAGGCCCUCUCCGACAGCUAUGAGCUCUCAACAGACCUGCAGGACAAGAAGGUGGAGAUGCUGGAGAGGAAGUAUGGCGGCUACUUCCUGAGUCGGCGUGCGGCGCGCACCAUCCAGACGGCGUUCCGCCAGUACCGCAUGAACAAGAACUUUGAGCGCCUGCGCAGCUCCGCCUCCGAGAGCCGCAUGACGCGCCGCAUCAUCCUCUCCAACAUGCGCCAGCAGUACUCCUUCGACGAGCGGCAGCCGCAGACGCAGAUGCAGAUGCAGGCGCAGGUGCAGUCGCAGCAGCAGCAGCAUCAGCAGCAGCAUCGGUACCCGCACCCCAUGGCACUGGGGCUGGCGGGGCAGCCUGGCACGCUCGACCAGGAGGGCGCCUCUUCGCCCGACGGCCAGGGAGACCGAGACGACUACACAAAUAUGGACGACUCCUUCUCCAAACAGGUGAAGUCCCUGGCGGACUCCAUGGACGACACGCUCACGUGUCAGUCUGGUCGCGGCGACUCACAGGAGGAGGGCGUGAGUGGCACAGAGGGCGACGACUUCGGCGAGUGCGUGUGGAGCAGCAGCGGCAACCCGUCCCUGUCGCGGCACGGCAUGGGGGAGCGGGAGCGCGCCGGCGGGGGCCUGAGCAUGCACGAGGACAGCACGGCCACGUCCUACAGCGACGUCACGCUCUACAUGGACGACGGCAUGCCCUCCUCGCCGCUCUCCAUCGACCGCACGCCCAGCAGCACCGACACCGAGUACUGGACGGGCAUGGGGGGUGGAGGCGGUGGCAGCGGCGGCGGAGGGGGGAUGAUGUUGGGCGGUGUCCGCGAGGACAGCCGGGACACGGAGGGCGCCGGCAGCAGCAACAGUCGACGGAGCACACCCUGCACCGAGUGCCGCGACUACCGGCUGCGCGGGCCGCACCUGCCCGUGCUGACCAUCGAGCCACCCAGUGACAGCUCGGUGGACAUGAGUGACCGCUCCGACCGCGGCUCCCUGAACAGGCAGCUGAUGUACGAGCAGGAGCCUCCUGGUGGUGGUGGGGGAGGUGGAGCAGGAGGAGGAGUGGGUGGAGGUGGAGGUGUAGGAAUCGGGGGCUCGCCUCAGGGAACGCUCAAGCACAGCCCCGCCGCCCGCACCAUGUCCUCCUGCACCGCCCAGGGUCAAACGCGCACGCCCGGCCGCCCCCUGCCCUCCCCCAUCCCCACGCAGCUGCCCCACCACACCAUCCUCCACCACCACCACCAUCACCACCACCCCCUGCACCACCCCAUCCACCUCCACCACCACCAUCCGUACUCCGACACCCCCACGUCCCCUUCCCCACAGCAGCCUCCACUCACCCCCCUCACCCCCCUUACCCCCCUCACCCCCCUCACCCCCCUCUCCACCACCUCCUCCAUGCCCAUGCCCCCGAUGAUCCCCGGCGUCAUGGAGCAGCCCUGCUGCUCGGACGGCGACAACGACUCGCUCAACUCCACCACCAACUCCAACGAGACCAUCAACUGCAGCUCGGGCUCGUCGUCCAGGGACAGCCUGAGGGAGCCGAUGCCCCCGCUGGGCAAGCAGACCUACCAGCGGGAGAGCCGCCACAGCUGGGACUCGCCCGCCUUCAACAACGACGUGGUGCAGAGGAGGCAGUACCGCAUCGGCCUCAACCUCUUCAACAAGAAGCCAGAGAAGGGCAUCCAGUAUCUGAUCGAGAAGGGCUUCGUGUCGGACACACCCGUGGGCAUUGCCCGCUUCAUCCUGGAGCGGAAAGGCCUGAGCCGGCAGAUGAUUGGAGAGUUCCUGGGCAACCGGCAGAAGCAGUUCAACAAGGAUGUGCUGGAUUGUGUGCUGGAUGAGAUGGACUUCUCAGGGAUGGAUCUGGACGACGCUCUGAGGAAGUUCCAGGCUCAGAUCAAAGUCCAGGGGGAGGCCCAGAAGGUGGAGAGACUCGUCGAGGCUUUCAGCCAGCGGUACUGUGUCUGCAACCCAGUGCUGGUCCGACAGUUCCAGAACCCCGACACCAUCUUCAUUCUGGCGUUUGCCAUCAUCCUCCUCAACACAGACAUGUACAGCCCCAACGUCAAACCAGAGAGGAAGAUGAAGCUGGAGGACUUCAUCAAGAACUUGCGAGGCGUGGACAACGGUCAGGACAUUCCUCGAGACCUGCUCGUUGGGAUCUACCAGCGCAUCCAGAAAUGGGAGCUGCGGACCAACGAUGACCAUGUGUCUCAAGUGCAAGCUGUGGAGAGGGUGGUCGUGGGGAAGAAGCCUGUGCUGUCACUGCCACAUCGCAGGCUGGUGUGCUGCUGUCAGCUCUAUGAGGUUCCUGACCCCAAUCGACCCCAGAGGACUGGAGUUCACCAAAGGGAGGUCUUCCUCUUCAAUGACCUGCUGGUGGUGACCAAGAUCUUUCAGAAGAAGAAGACCUUGGUGACGUACAGCUUCAGACAGUCUUUUCCUCUGGUGGAAAUGCAGGUUCACAUGUUCCAGAACUCCUAUUACCCUCACGGGAUUCGUCUGACGUCGGCCAUCCCGGGCGGCGAAAGAAAGGUUCUGAUCGUGUUCACGGCGCCAAGCCAGCAGGACCGCACGCGCUUCGUGAGUGACCUGCGCGAGAGCAUUGCCGAGGUGCAGGAGAUGGAGAAGUACCGCGUGGAGUCUGAGCUGGAAAAGCAGAAAGGUGGGAUGCGUCCUGGCCUUAUGAGUGAAGGAGGUGGCGGCGGCGUGGGAGGAGGAGUUGGCGGCGUGGGGAUGAAGAGUGAGGCGGUGAACGGCACUCUGGGAAGACCGAGCCUGGACGACACGUACGCCAGCACGGAGGGGCUGAAGCGCACAGCCCUCAGCUCCUCCUUACGAGACCUCUCAGAGACAGGGAAACGAGGUCGCAGAAACAGCGUCGGCUCCUUGGAUAGUACCAUCGAAGGUUCGAUCAUCAGUAGCCCCCGGCCGCACCAGCGCCUGCCCAUGUCCAGCUGCUAUGGCCUGGACGACUACCGGCCUCACCGCCCCAUCCUGAGCCCCGGAGUAGGGGUGGGGGGUGGGCCGGGGCAACAACAACAACAACCCCUCUCGUCUGGGGGCAACAACGGCGCCGGAGGCCUGUCCAGCAGCAGCAGUGGCGAGCGCGGGGCCGGUGGCUCGGGGACGGGCGCCAGUGGAUCGGGCGGCAGCAGCUCGGCGUCCUUCCUGGGCUCCCUGUUUGGCAGCAAGCGCGCCAAGCAACCGCCGCCGCCCCUGGUCCCGCCUGGGCCGCACUACCCGGCGCCUGUGCCGCCGCCUACCAGCGGGGGGCCGCCGCCACUCUCACCGUCCGCGCUCGGCCAGUCGGACCCCGGCGGGCCGUCCAAGCUGCAGGCCCUGCACGCGCAGUACUGCCACAACAGCAACAGCGUUGGCCAGCCGCCGCCGCCCUACCACCACCACCACCGCUACCACGUGCAGACCGUGCCUAUGGUCAGCGUGCCCUCCUGCCCCACGCCGGGCAUGCACCACACUAUGGUGCACCGCGGCUCCCUGCCCAGGCGCCCGCAGCUCGCGCCAAGCCACGCGCAGCUGCAACAGCAGUACAACCAGCAGCAGAUGGCCCAGCAUGCCAUGCUCCAGCAGCAGCAACAGCAGCAGCAAGGACGCUACGUCAACAUGGGCAUGGGCCUUGGCAUGGGCAUGGGCAUGAGCUGCACCCCGCCGCCUCUUUCGCCGCACUCCCCUCUCUCGCCCGUGUCUCCGUUCCCGCUGUACCACGCGCACGGACACACACAUAUGCACGCAGCGCAUACGCAUUCCCACACCCCCCUGCACCCGACGCACUCGGUGCGCGGCCCCGGGCCCGGCCCCAAGCUGCCGCUGACGCUGUCGCACUCGCAGCCGCACCCGCACGCCCACUCGCACGCCGCCGCGCUCUCCCACAUCCACGGCCACCUAGUGGCCGGCAGCGGCAUGGGCGGCGGCGGAGGCGGCGGACUCUCCCACAGCCCGUUGCCCGCGCACCAGCAGCACUUUGUGUUCGCCGCGCCGCCACAGGCGCCGCCCUCGGCCAUCACGGCGCGCUACGUGCCCCAGUACCCGCACCCCUCCACCAUUCCGCCUCCGCCCCCGCACUCGCCACUGCCGCCGCCCUCGCCGCACACCCCACUCACACCACUCUCACCGCACCCGCCGGGAGCGGGCCCGGGUGGGGGGGGCAUGGGCCCGGGGGGUGGCCCCGGCAGCAGUGGGGGAGGAGGGGGAGCGGGCAGCAACAGCGGCACGAUGGGCAGCUCCAAGUCCAAGCCUGUCAACCGCAUCAGCACGGUGGUGUGAGGGGACCAGCGUCAGGGGCCCAGGCAGCCCGAGGGCCAAGCGUGAGAGCCAGGGGUGGGGAGGUGGUCCAGUUUAGCGGCGGCACCAGAACCCUGCAGCAGCAGCCGCAACAGCAGCGUAGAGGCAGCGGUGGAGCGGGCAAGAGGAGGAGGAAGAGGAAGCACAGUCUGAUGAGGCUUUGCUACUUUCACGUCCGCUGCCCUAGCGUAUAGCCGGAACCUUGAGCCACGCUCCGUCUCGCGACCAAGAACGACCUGCGUAAGCAUGCAUCAGCAUCAUCGAAGCCCCAUUUUGUUCCGUUUUGUUUUUUGUUCGCGUGUUUGUUUUGGAUAGCGCUUGUGCUUCUGCCGCAAAAGAAAACGAGGACGAGAUGCCGAGAUGCAUGCCGCCGCCACCACACACACACACACACACACGCAAAGCGAAAGUCAUCCACGAUGCUUUUACCCACCGCGCAAUAAGGCUGGAGACAAACAAACACGAGAAGAGUGUCGAGGCCGAUAAGUACCGCUAAUCACAGUUCAGAACACGUCAACAGAGACACACAAGUGCAUGAGAGAGAGAGAGAGAGAGAGAGAGAGAGAGAGAGGAAUAGAUUAUGACAGAAGGUUAGCAGAGUGGAAGAGAGUAGCUGUGGAGGUGAACUUUCACUCUCUAUUUCUUUGAUAAAAUGGCUCAGACAAGAUUCCAUUCUGGUAUUGAAUCUCUAGUUGGCCCCAGAAUGACCUGUGUGGAUGUGUAAGUGUGUGUGUGUGUGUGUGUGUGUGUGUCAGACAGAUCCCGGGUUAGAUCAGCCAUGGUUGGAGAAUACAGGUUCAUUUAGUGGUCAUAAAGGACUUGGCACAGUGGCACAUAUUAAGAGACCACAGACAGCUGUCAGGGCAUGGACAAGAGAGAGCAUGGCUUUUGCCAUUUGGAUUCAUCGGAUUCUCACAUUCAACACCUGCUGUGAUGUUGAUCAUCAUGACAAUCAUUUCAUCACCCACUCAAAGGACACCGAGAGCAUAUAUAAAGCUGGCACGUCUGAGCUUGACUAUGACCUUGAAAUGUCAUUGUCAUCAGCUGUUGUUCUGGUCAGGGCUAAUCACUCCAGCCAAUGUUCUUUUGCCUCUUCUGAUUUACUUUGUCUUGAGCCAUUUGGCAGACAUUUGAUUCUGCAACAUGGAGGACACAUUUUCUUUUUGACGUAACUACUUCAAAGACUGAUCCUAACAACAUGUAAAGGUCUAUUACCCACUCCUGCAAUUUUGAAGUGUCAAAUGUAUAUGAUGGAGAGUUUGUUGAGGUAUUGCUCUAAGUCACUUCUCAAAUGCAAUAAGCAAGCCAUACUAACAUUAUGACAGAUUGAUAGUUUUGGUCAGACAAUGUUAUGAAGUUAUAAUAUGAAGUUUUAUAUCAGUGUUAUUGGUGGUGACAUGGGUGAGUUUCUCUCUUUCCUAUGUUGCACAAAUAGGAAGUAAACAGUUUUUAACUAAGUUGGAUUGUUUUGUUUUUAUCAAUGAUAUUGUGUUUUAAUUUGCUAUCAUUGUCCAAGGAAAGAUGACCCCAUCAGUUCUCAGUUCAAGUUGGUAUGUUGUUGGAGUGAGUUAGCAAUUAGAUACUGAGGGCCAGAUGUACGUACAUUUGCGAACGUAGCGUUAUCAGCGUCAUGGACAAACCUCUGAUUGCGAACGCUGUCAGACCCAAGUUUCCGUCGUAUUUAU